ACAGGGCUAAAUGCAAGUGAGCAACGGGGUCCGUUAAACGCGACCGGGUAGUUUGGUUAAUUAACAAGGCUGGUUUUGCAUUACGUCCAAGCGUUCUAACGGAGGGAACGUCUGCAGACGGCUGUGCACAGCUACCGUUUACACCUCCUCUUAACGCCUUGUUCCUUAAACCCUAUUGUUUCACUGACUCUUAGCACUGACUACCUCUAACAAUCUUACGUUAAUGCUCUAAUCGGAUAAUCGCCCCAUUGCUGAGGCGGGAGGGUCGCUACCGAUCCUACUAGUUAUCGCGAGUCGGUCACUUGACGUCGAGAAGGAGCUAUGCGGUCUGUGUAACGCCGGGAAGAAAUUGCUGUAUUUUGAAGCUUUGGAGUUUUUUUUCUUAAAAUGGGAUGACGAUGUAUAACAAGACGGUAAAGUGAACUUGAAAACGGAGACAAGUUGAUUGAACACCAUGGCGGACCAGCACGACUUACCCGAGGGUACACCUCUCUCUGAAAUCCCCGACGAAAUACAAGAGAAAAAGGAUCGAGUCCUCAUUGGAUGUUUGGAUGAUUUACCAGCUCUUAGUUCCAAGAUUGUUCGGAUAUUUACAAGUUCCACAUUUACUGACACCACGCUUGAACGCAAUACCUUGAUGGAGAGGGUCUACCCCAAACUAAAGGAAUACUGCAGGGAACGCCACGGAUUGGAGUUUCAGGUGGUGGACAUGAGAUGGGGUGUCCGUGACGAGGCCACAGAUGACCACAUGACCACCGAGCUGUGUAUGCAAGAAAUUGACAACUGCCAGAGACUGUCUAUGGGCCCGAGUUUCGUGGUGUUUCUGGGCCAGAAGUAUGGGUACCGCCCCCUGCCGACUCACAUUCCGGCGAGCGAAUUUCUCAUAUUGCGGGAGGUGGCAAAAAACGUGCAAAGCGAGCUGGAGUUGUUUGACACAUGGUACAAGGUGGACGAGAACUCCGUGCCUCCCGUGUAUAUACUUCAGCCAAUCAGCUCCAUCCUUACAAACUUCAACAACAAGCGACAUCCCCGACUACAGGAGCAGGAUCAGUCGACGUGGUGGGAGACGUUCGGCAAACUACAACGGAUCAUCAGGAAGGCAGCCCAGGUGCUGUUUAUCACCAAGAAGAUUGACCGGGAACAGAUGCACAACUACUUCAUGUCCGUGACUGAGCGAGAGAUCGAGCGGGGCAUCCUCAAGGCAAGAGACGUAGAAGAACACUGCCUCGCGUACGUCCGCGACAUCUCCAACAUCAACACUACUCUCCUCCGGAUCGCCGGCAAGUUCGUCGACUUUGCCUCCCGCAACGUUGACGGCGAGGCCCAGAAGUUCCUGAAGAUCCUCCGGGACGAGAAGAUCCCCAAAGUCCUCUCGGCGUCCAACAUCGCCCGCUUCGUAGUGGAGUGGAGUGGGAAGGAUGGCAUCGACAGUGAAACCCACAAGGACUACUUUGAACAGUUUAUUGAUCAUUUCCAUCAGAACAUCAUCCGACUCGUGGACAAUGCCAUGUCCAAGCAUGAGAGGCUAGCUGGAGAUGUCAUCUACACUGAAUCGUUACAGCACAUGCAUGCAUGCCGGAUGUUCUGCUCGGUGUUCCGCGGUCGGGAGGAAGUCGUGGAGCGGAUUCACCAGUACGUCGUCGGGCCGUCCAACAUGCCGCUGGUGCUGUGCGGGGAGAGUGGGUGUGGCAAGACCUCCCUCAUGGCGAAGGGGGCCAGCCAGGUAAAGAGCUGGUUCUCAGAAGACAAGUCCCCCAUUAUGAUCCUCCGGUUCCUUGGAACCACCCCCGGCAGUUCCACCAUCGUGCCCCUCCUCAGCAGCCUGUGUAACCAGGUCGCCUACCUCCUCGGGGAACCACUGGACGAAAUCCCUGAAGAGUUAGCUCCCCUUGGCCAUCACUUUAAGAAGUUGUUGUCCUUGACUCCAGAGAACAAACCUAUUGUCCUGUUCCUCGACUCGCUCGACCAGUUAUCAGGGUCUUACGGCGCCCACACGCUAACCUGGUUGCCGGCACUCCUCCCUCCUCAUGUCAAAAUCAUCGUUUCCACCCUUCCCAAUUAUUACAACCUCCUGGAUACCCUCAAGAUCAUCAUUGAGGACAAGGACAACUUUGUGCCCGUGCUGCCGCUGGGCGAGAAUCUCAGCAGCACGAUUCUGAAGGCUUGGUUGAAAACCAUCAACAGAACCGUCACCGAGAGCCAGUGGGGCAUCGUCAAUGAGGCAAUUACAAAGUGCAAUCUACCUCUGUUCGUCAAGCUUGUGUUUGAUGAAAUCUGCCGAUGGAAGAGCUACACAAGUCCAAAACUUACAAGUCUCUGUAGUUCUAUUCACGAAAGCAUCAUGAAGCUGUACGAGAAGAUUGAGAAUCAGCAUGGAAAGACCUUAGUGUCACAUGCUCUAGGGUACAUCACGGCGUCCAAGAGUGGACUCUCAGAGGCGGAACUGGAGGACAUGUUGUCCCUGGACGACAAGGUUCUCAACGACGUCUACCAGUACCACCUUCCUCCAGUACGACGCAUACCACCUCUUCUCUGGACCCGUAUCAGAGGCGACUUGCCGGGCUAUCUCAGCGAACGGGAGGCCGAUGGUGUCAAUGUUAUAUUUUGGUACCAUCGCCAAUUCAUUGACGCUGCGAGAGAGAGGUAUUUCAAGAACCUCAACUUUGUAAGUGCAAUGCAUUCCGAGAUGGCGGACUAUUUCCUGGGGACGUGGGGUGGGGGGCGCCCGAAGCCGUACGAGUAUUCCGAGUUACAAAGACAGAGGUUCUUCCUGGAUGAAACGAAAGGCGAGAGCGACAGGAAAGUUCCGGUGCAGCCGCUGGUGUUCUACAAUAAGGAAGGGCAGGUGACAAGAUAUAAUCUCAGAAAACUUAAUGAACUGCCUUUCCAUCUCAUCAGGUCUCACAGAUAUGAUGAUCUGUACGAAACUGUUCUGUUCAACUACAACUGGCUCCACGCCAAAAUGAGCUCCAUGCCACUUCAGAGCGUUCUGUCAGACUUCGAGGACCUUCUGGAGCAUGUGUACGACAAAGACGUCAAACUCAUCGCCGACGCCAUACGACUGUCUAGCUCCAUCUUGAACCAUUACCCAAGCAUGUUGGGCCCCCAGAUUACAGGGAGACUCCUCCCUUACUACGCUCAUAACCCCAAGAUCCGAAGUCUGAUUGAACAGUGUGACACUGAUGGACUCCCAAACUGCGCGUUAGUCCCUGCGUUUCACUGUCUCCAGACGCCAAGUGGCCCUUUACAAUACUUACUGGAAGGACACGCCUUUGCACCUUAUGGAAUAGCCGUCACAUCAGAUGCAAAAUAUCUUGUCACUGCUUCCAACAAAAUUAUCAUCUGGGAUCUUUCCACUGGAGUCGUGUUCCGGAACAUCGCUGUGGGGAUUUCUGGGAUCAUGUCCUCAAUAUCUAUAUCCCCCAAUGACAAGUAUGCUGUCAGCCACACGAAUAACAACCAAGUUGUUGUAUGUUCCAUCAAAACUGGCGACUUCUUCGUCAUCACACCAGUCACUAGUGACAACACACAAACUGUUGAUGGCACUACCGUGUCAAAUACUCACAUUGCAAUCUGGAUUCAGAGACACUGGCAUCUCUACACCAUUGAAGGAAAGCUUGUUGGACGGUUUGAGUCGGAGUUGAAGAUGAGGCUUCUUAAGGUAAUAUUUGCCAAUGAUGACAAGAACUAUUUGAUCCUGAAAAGUGGGUCAGAAGACGAUCAUGACAUGGCUCUGGAGGUUCAGGAUAGGUCAAUUGAUCCAUUUGAGUUUCAUAGUGCAAUAGCCAUAACUGCGGACAAGCAGAUCCUUUACGCUUGCAUUGAGAUAAGCGACAAUGCUGUUGCUGUUUACAAACGUGAGGAAAGUGUGUGGAAGUAUGACAGGACUCUUGGAGAAAACACAGACCAGGUGUUUGCCCUAACCCUCACAGAAGAAGAAAACUACCUGAUAGCAACAUCGGCUCUGGGAUACAAGCUAUGGGAUCUUAAAACCGACAAGGUCCGGGAACUCAAACUGCCUGCAGGAACAAGAAACAUUCCGGCCAAGAACCAGCUUACAAGCAUGGUCGUGUUCACCAAAGGGAACCAGUUUGUCGUUGCUGGAGUACGGAAGAACCUUUAUGUAUGGGAUGUGAAACAGGGUAACAUGGUGAAAACCCUAGAGGCUCAUUUUGGUCGAAUCAUUGCCUUGACGGCUGUUCAUGUUGGGUGCAAUGUUGUCAUCUCAUCUUCAAUGGAUAAAACGAUAAAGGUAUGGAACUUCGACAAGAUCCUUGAAGAGGUUCAUAACAUCGACCGGCUUGAAAGACCCGUUGAAACAAUACAUCUAUGUCCCAAGGUUGGAAUCUGUGUGACGACCACACGAAAUGUGGUAGCAGUGUGGAGCACUGAGACUGGUCGGCUGGUAAAGACAUUUGCCAGCAAUUCAAGAAGUCCUAUAGUAACUCAUGCAGUGUGUACUGAAGAUGGCGCCUACAUAAUUUCUGCAGAAUCAGGAAGCCUCGUGUUCUGGGAUGUUGAAAAGGAAAAGACUUUUAAGACGGUUCAGUUGGGCGACGUUCAGAUGGUACAGCUGAACGAGGAAGAUACGAGAGUCAUUGCAGUUGCCAAAUCCGCAGGUGGAAAAGGAGUUUGCUCUUGCUUCUCACUUCCAGAGGCGGAGGAGGUGUACAAGUUCGAGUACAAUGUCAAGAAAUACAGACAGCCCGUCCUGACUAAAGAUGGGCUGUUUCUAGCCGUUCCAGCCAGUGAUAAGAGUGGGGAUGUGGUCGGUGCAUACCAUGCUAAAACCGGAACACAUCUGUACAAUUUGCAGUUGAAGUAUAACAAUUACAUUGAAUACUCCCACCUAGUGGCAAUGCCCCAUGAUCAGAACCAGAUAGCAGUGAUUGACCCUGACAAGGGGAACAUCCUGGACUUAAAGAAGAAGACUCUGGUUCGAUCUGUGAACAGAUGGAACGGAUGUGCUACUCAGAACGGCAAGAUUGGCCUGUAUGCUCCUCCCCGAGGUGGUUUACAGCUCAUUGAAGUGCGGACAGGAAAGACCGUGAAAACCAUGAUCCCAAAAGUAGCAGAGGGAGUGUUUUCAAUCAAAGUCAUGUUCACAAAGAAUGAUAAACACAUCAUCUACUACCAUUCAGGACGGAGAACAAUCAGAGUGUUCAGAGUGUCGGAUUGCAAGAUGGUGGCUAAUUUCAAGGCGUCUGCUGACGUUAAGUGUAUGGUAGGGGAUGACACCGGUUCCAGGCUUGUUAUCAGUGCCGUGGAUGGGAGUCUGACUGUCCUGACACUGGCAGACCCCGGGGAGGAGAGCAGUCAGGAAUUAAUCAAAUCACUGCCCAGUCGUCAGUUACACAAAGCAGCUAACGGCAGAGGAGCUGCUAACGGGGAUGUGUUCCAGGCCAAGACAACCAUAGGGACUGCCCUGCAGGUAGCAAGGUUUGUGGCAAAAGCAAGGGGAGCUCAAAAGUCACGAGCCUGUGUCAUUUCUUAGGGAAGUGGAGAAAUCUCUAGGAUAAUGGCCCAGUAGAUCAUUGUUUUUCUUCCACCUGACGUUCCACACACACAUUCCUAUGCCUCCGUCCAUACCUUUUACAUUAUUUUCACUUCUUUGGUUUCAUUGGUCCUAUUUGAUCUAGUCAUUUUGGUUCAGGACCAUCAUCUUAAAGGUGCCCCACCCUUCGAGGUUCUCUUUACUUUGACUACAAACCUUGUUGACUGUUGGGCAAGGCGCACAUACUAGAAACAGAAUAAAACUACACGUUGAUGUUGAAGAAGGCACACCUGUGAAAUGUUGUUGGCGUAUAGGUGACAAGGUACGCUCUUUAUCACACGGCACAAGACAAUUUAAAGGCCACUAGCGUAUAAAGAUACGUCCACAGUAACAUUGAGAAGAGUAGAUGCAACAUCAUUCAUAUAUUAUCAACUGUGUUUGUCUGCAGAAUGAAUCUUGUAGAUUUAAAUGGUAACAUUGCAACGCAAAAGUUCGGAUCCCUGCCAGAUAGUGAUCUUGAAAUCACCAGGUAGUAAAGGGAGACAACUGUAUUAGAAACUUCAUUUCCUCUUCAUACUCCAAGGAUACGUAUGUGAUCUUCUGAUAGAUAUGUGUGUAGAAUUUGCUACAGUCCAGGACUAGAGUUUAUUUACCAACGUGGAUAAGAUGAUAUUCUUAAUAUUCUCCGAAUUGAGCACCAGAUUGGAUUGUGCAGGAUGCUUUUACGGCAUGUUUGAGCAUCCUCAAAUAUAAAAUGUAGAAUAUUACCUUUAGAUCUAUUCAAAUGUAUUAGCAUUUUCACGGACUUGUUUCAUUCUCUGUCUGACCUACAAGGAGAUAGUCAAGUUGUCAUGAGGUUUGCCAAACACAUGCACUAAUUGACUGACAUCUCCCAUAUGGGCACAGUGAUGACGCGAGGUCUGCAGCGUGUUCUUGAGGUGAUGGUCACGCAGCCACCACUACUCCAUCACGGCAGAUGUUUAGCCUGUGAAUCUGUUUCACUCUCUUUCAAUGAGGGCGAGACACUGAACCACCCUGGUGCCAACCAGCAGUGUCACCGUACACUACUCACCCACUGAUAGGGAUACAUCGAAUAUUUCAUGCCAUUUACAUAUUCAUAUUAUAAGUAAUCAGUUUGAUGUCCCAGUCAGCGGUUGAGUAGCAUACUUACUGUCCCCAACCAGCAAAUUUCAUUUAGGUGUUAGAAACCAAGUUAUGUCACAACAAAGUGGUUAUUUAUUCUUUUGCUCUCCAUUGUCUUCUUUCUGUUUCCAAAUGAUGUGUCUCAAACAAAGUCUGACAUGGUGAUCACUAACAGAUAACGACUCGCAUGUGAUAAUGGGAGGAUGGAGGGGUGGGGGUUGGGUUUGUGGUGAUUUGUUCUGGGAUGUCUGUUAGAGAACGGAUAGCUUUUUGUCACUGCUUCAAACGCAUCCUCUGUAUCUCUAGGCCUCGCAUUUCGGUAACCCUACACUAACCCAAGGAUCAAUUCCAAUGGUUCUCACUAUCUCAGAUUACCUGCCAUUGAUUUUAAUAAGCCAAUUUGCUUUGCUGAGCUACUCAGUCUAACGGAUGACUUAUAAUCAGUGUUUGAAACAAAAACAAAAUGCCAGGCACCCAUCAGGACCCAGCUUCAGAAGCUGCAGGACCCAACUAAGCUCUUUAGGCCCGGCUUCAAAAUACUGCAGCUUACUGUGACAAAUAAAUCAACACAUACAUUUCAUGCAGGCAAUAAGGACCCAUGCAAAUUUGAAACUACGAGUCAAACACAAGAUCUACGGGUCCAACACAAGAUCUACAAGUCCAACACAAGAUCUACGGGUCCAACACAAGAUCUACGGGUCCAACACAAGAUCUACGGGUCCAACACAAGAUCUACGAGUCCAACACAAGAUCUACGGGCGUACGGGAAUACGGGCGCUUAUUUCGAAUACUACUCAGAAAACGAUUAUAAAACCAGCCUCAAUGUUGGGUUGACGAUAUCAACGACAUGGCGGCCAGUGCAAUUGAUUACGAAAGGGUUUGCGAGAAAUUCAACUUUGAAAAACUGACUGACGCAAAAGAAAGCCCUAAAAAAUCUUUCUGGUGGAAAGAAUGUCUUCUUUUCCAUUGAACUGGCUGUAGCUUUGAUCAAGGCAAUGCAAGUCAGUAAAAUGUUACUUCGGGAGAACCACGGGAAUGGACCAAGGGGUCAGUAUAGGUUAUGUCAUGUUUUGGGCAUAUCUUGAGGACAAAUUAUAUUUUCCUUUUUAAUGAUACAGUUCAAUAUCGUAUCAAUGAUACGCUAUAAGUUGAUCAGCCUUUAACUUUUGUCAAGAGAUACAUUCAACAUUUUCAGCUCAUUAAACGUUGUGUCAUGGGAAAGGAUAUACGAAGAACAAGUACUCAAAUUGUUGUGACCUUAGACUCAUUAUAACAGUCGUUGAUUGUAUUUUCAGCUUUGAUGCUACAGAAAGUAAUAUUCACAUGUCACAGGGCAAUAAAACCAAUGUAAAAGAACAAGUUAAAAUAC